UCAGUGUUCUGUUUUUGUACAAUCAAUAAAUCGCUAGUUCAAGUAUACUCUAAACUUUGACCUUUGCUUACGAGUCACAAUGUUUGUGAAUAAAAUAUUGCGUUCAAGUGACAAUUUGAUGCGGUAUUCAGUCUCGUGUACCUGGAAAAAUAUCAAUUUGAAUCGAAACUUUCUCCCAGUACAUCAUUCGCCGGUGCUAGCUGUUCCAGUUACUGCAAUGGGGUCUACUGGAAGCCGGUCCAUACAACUACAUACAACAUUGAACUCUAACGCAGACUCUAAGAAGACCUCCGGCUCCACAAACGGCGACGGCGCAAUGAGCUUGGAGAAUAAGGAUGAGCUGGUAGCAAAACUUACCCCUCUUCAAUAUCACGUGACCCAGGAGGCGGGUACGGAACGUCCAUUCACGGGAAAAUACAACAAAUGCUACGAUAAAGGUACCUACAUCUGCGUGGUGUGUAGUCAGGAGUUAUUCAGUUCGGAUGCGAAAUAUGACUCCGGUUGUGGUUGGCCGGCGUUCAACGAUGUUCUCGACAAGGGCAAGGUGACGCUGCACGCCGACUCUAGUCUAGCUGGCGGCAAUCUCCUAUUAUUAAUCACACAACCAGGACGCAUGCGGACCGAGGUCAGGUGCUCCAAAUGUUCCGCCCACAUGGGUCACGUGUUUGAGGAUGGUCCUCCGCCGACUCGUAAGCGUUACUGCAUCAACUCGGCAUCGAUUGAAUUCAUCCCGGCAGGAACCGUGCGUCCUGAGCCAGCCAAAUCUAGUUAGAAACCUGAGGAAGAUGUGGUCAGCUUCGAUAUUAUAACGUAAUCAUAGGAUGACAUAAUAAAUAUUGCGGUAUAUUGGAUGACUGUGACUAGCGAUUACAGUACAAAUUAACUGUGAAAUUCGUCAAGAAAUAGGUAUUGAUAUUCUAUGAAAUGCAUCGAAGAUAUCACAACCGCAAUCAAUAUACUCGAUUAUUUUGUAAUCCUUGAUAAAGGACUGGUUACAUAAUGUACAGCGUUAUAAUUUAUCGUACACUUAACAAUUUGUUUAUUAUUUAUUUAAUUCACUUUAAUAAUCUCUGCAGGAUAGAGCGAAACAGAUGAUUCGGCUCAUUCGUCAAUAUACUGUUUAAAAAACAUGUUCUCUAUGCAAUACUGAUACAAAUUAGAGACCUAUGCUGGACGUCGUGUUACAAAAAAUUCUCAACGUCAGUAGCAAUCGUUAUUGUAUGCAGAGUCCAUUAAAAAUAUGUUUCGAGGCUCUGAUUUAAUGAUACAUAUAACAAAGACUAACUUAGAUAUUAAACUCAAUAAAUCGGUUUGUUAUUACAAUAAGUAGGUACACUCCAUGAACGAAGUAAAUUGCAUUGUUUACCAUGAAUUAUGAAUUUCAUAAAAACUUUACCGGCUAAUAAAGCUCAUGAAUGUACAGGUUUUAAAUAUAAA